AGAUAUUCUAAUAAGUGGAGUACUGUAGCUGAAAUGAUUAAGAAGAAUGCCACUGUGAUACAAGGAAAUUGUUUUGGCUUUAUCAUAAUUCCAUUAACUAUUACCCAAUUCGAGAAUCCUCUCAGUUAUAUUCACAAAGCUAAGAUAUCAAUGGACCGAAAGAAGCGUUCUCUUGAGUCUCAAUGCACCUUUUACUUUUUACAGCUUUUCCUCAAAUUCUUUGGCUUUAAGGGUGCGACAAAACUUGCUCAAAAAGUUUCAUCCCAAACAACACUAGCCUUUUCAAACGUAGCCGGACCGCUUGAAGAAGUUUCUUGCGCAGGCCAUCCAUUGGCAUUCCUUGCCCCAACAUGUUAUGGACAUCCCACAGGGCUAAUGGUUCAUGCAUGUAGUUAUGCCAAGAAGUUAACAUUUGCUAUAGCAGUUCGUGAAGGAAUAAUUCCAGAUCCAGACCACCUUGGCGAUGAUUUUGUGGAUUCAUUCAUGCUUAUCAAAGAGGCUGCACUCGCAAAAUUGAGAACCAAAGUUGACUAGCUCAUUAACUACACAUUUGAAGUCUCCUCAAUAGAACUUGAAACUUGGUCCUUAUGUGAUGAUUAACGAGUACAUUUAUGAUAUGUACAGCGUAUUGCAAAAUUAUAUUUGAUUCUAUAAUAUUGUUGUAUCAUUAUCAAGU